AUGACAGAAAAGAAGGAAGCCAGCAACUUGACCCCCGUCCCUUCACAGGAUGGUCAGGUCGAAGGCGUUCAGCGCACCCACGAUGCAGUCUUUGGUGAAAUCACAGAAGACGGGCCUAACUACCGCAAUGUUGGGUGGAUUGGCACAGUUGCAUUGAUGACGAAGAGUAUGAUUGGCAUUGGAGUCUUGUCGAUUCCAAUUGCAUUCGACACCUUGGGUAUCGUACCGGGAGUCAUCGUACUGUGUACCAUUGCCGGUAUCACGACAUGGUCCGAUUACAUCGUGGGUGUUUUCAAGUUGCGGCAUCCUGAGGUCUAUGGUAUCGACGACGCGGGGUAUUUGAUGUUCGGUCAAAUUGGGCGAAUUAUUUUUGGAGGUGCAUUUGUGCUUUACUGGAUCUUCGUUGCAGGGUCUGGCAUGCUGGGUAUCUCGAUCUCCCUGAACGCUAUGUCUAGCCACGGUGCCUGCACGGCGAUAUUCGUCGCUAUUGCCGCUGUCAUUGGGUUGACACUGGGAAGUAUUCAAACACUAGCCAAGAUCAGCUGGCUGGCCUGGGUUGGACUUGUCGGAAUUCUUACCGCAAUCUUCAUGGUGACCAUCGCUGUCGGUCUCCAAGAACGCCCAUCUGCCGCCCCUCAGGAGGGCGUGUGGGUCCCCGAUUACAAGAUAGUCGGCGACCCAUCCUUCACGAAGGCAAUCACCGCGGUGUCGACUCUCGUUAUGGCGUAUGCAGGAACCCCUGGAUUCUUCCCUAUUGUGUCCGAAAUGCGUGAUCCCACCAAGUAUACCCGGGCGCUCUUCGUUUGUCAGACGAUUGUGACGGUGACGUACCUUGUUGUUGGGUGUGUUGUUUACAUAUACUGCGGAUCGUACGUUGCUUCACCUGCCUUGGGAUCCGCCGGUCCACUCGUGAAAAAAAUCAGCUAUGGAUUUGCUCUUCCAGGACUGAUUGUCACUACUCUCCUUGUGAUCCAUUUACCGGCGAAAUAUAUCUUCCUUCGCAUCCUCCAAGGAUCCAAGCACCUGACCACAAACACGAUGACGCACUGGGUCACAUGGCUCAGCUGUACAGUUGCUAUUACCGUGAUCGCAUACGUGAUUGCUAGCAGUAUACCUGUCUUCAAUGACCUUGUCUCCCUCGUUGGGGCUUUGCUUGGUACCCUCAUGUCAUUCCAGCCUAUGGGCUGCAUGUGGCUUUACGACAAUUGGUCUCGAGGCAAGAGUGAGAAGUCAGUGAAGUGGAUCUUGAUGGUCUGCUUCAGUGGAUUUGUGGUUCUUUCCGGGACAUUCUUGAUGGUGGCUGGAACAUAUGGCUCUGUAGUCAGCAUCAUGGAAAGCUACGCGGCAUCGGGAGGCUCAGCAGCUUGGUCUUGUGCUGAUAACUCCAACUCCUGA